AAGGAAAUAACGUGUGUGAAAAGGGGAAACACGGCCAGGGGCAGGUACUUAUGCCAAUUUUAACGAUUUGGAUGGUAUUUUUAACAUUUGAGUUGCUCUAAAAUUCCGACUGUUUGUCGUCCGAUAUUUUCUGUGUUUUAACGGUACAUUUUCUCCCUCAUUUUCACAAAAAAGCGAAGUGAAACUCGUUAAACUCAGCAGACAGUUGAUUCUAAACUCACUGUCAUGUGAUAGUCUCAUGUGGGUGUUUUGUUUAUCUGUACUCUGAACGAUAGUAACGCGUAUUUUCGACAGGACUUGAAUCAUGGAUAACCGUGUGGUCUGCGUUAUUUUGCUUUCUUUCCUCGCAUACACUAAUGCUGAGCCGGUGAAAUUUUUGGACUGUGGCUCACUAGAUGGAAAGGUUUUUGAGGUUGACAUCCUGCCCUGCCCAAAACAGCCAUGCCAGCUUCACAAAGGACAAUCCUACACUGUCAAUGUAACGUUCAGCAGUGGUGUUGCGAGUCAGACCAGUAAAGCUGUGGUUCAUGGAGUAAUUGCUGGCAUCCCUGUUCCCUUUCCCAUCCCAGUUGAGGAUGGUUGCAAGUGUGGAAUUCUGUGCCCGAUUCAGCCACAACAAAUGUACAGUUACGUCAACCAGUUGCCAGUCAAGAGCGAGUACCCAGCAAUAAAGGUGGUUGUGGAAUGGGAAUUGAAAGAUGACUCCAGCAAAGACCUGUUUUGCAUCAAGUUUCCUGUUCAGAUUGUGAGCUGAAAGCCAAUAUCGAAGCCAUGAAAAGGACAUUUGAAAAAGGGAUAUCAAGGACAAAGACAUCCGUAUGUGUGCCUUAGUACUUCUCUAUGGACAUUUUAGACUUAAUUUAGAUGCAGAUUGUAUGAUUUAUUAUUUGAAAAUAUUCUAACCAUGACAGAUUUGUCAUUUUAAUAUUUUUGAUAUCUGUGGAUGCUCUAUAGCCACUCAACAAACAUUGCUUAAUUCCAUUUUGUGUUGUGCUAAAGUGUCAAUUAUUCACUAGAAUGAGAUGCUGACUAAUGACAUUAAUUCAUGUGGGAGAUUUAAAUGAUUUAUUCAUCCAAGGAUUUGUUAGCUGUUGUGUGGCUAAACGGUACUGUUGUCACUUGCAAUUGGUAGUGAACUUUUUUACUCUAAUUUUAAAUCUGCAUAUUAAAUAAAAAUUAGAUUUUAA